AAACCAGGCGAUGAGGAAGAAGCUAAUUCUUUACUUCAAGAGGAGAAAUCAUGCUCGUAAGCAGUGGGUGAGUACAGAACAGUGUGCUUCUCUGCUGGGACUACUCUAUGACAGAUGGCUAGAUGUAAACUGGGCCAGGAGCUCGUUGAAGAGAGUCCGUGUUCCACAGACCAAAAUGAAAAGAGCUCUAGGCCCUUGUGCCUCUUCUUUAGUAACACUGUAGCAGUAGCUACUCCUAUGAAGUGUUGGACCACAGCUAUUAUGGCUUUUGAAAAAUGAAAGGUAAAAAUAAAAUAAAGGAGAUGUCUCUCUGUGAUUCAGCUCUCCCAGGACUUUCUUCUUCUCUGUCACAUCAAGUCUGCUUCCUGUCUGGUUAGGAGAUGGUAGAUGGUACAGGAGAUGCACCACUGCUCGCUCUGUGUGUGUGUGUCAGUGAUUGAGCAGGACCAAGGCAGCUGGCAGGGCUAUAAAUAAUCCUGCCAUCGAUCGUCCAGGCUCUGAUGUCAGAGUUAGGCAAACAUCCUCAAUCACCCGCCUUGACAGAAAAUCUUUACCACAAAUCAAGCCCUUACUUUUCCUGUGGAAUAUAUUUCCACAGGGAUACAUUAUGUGUAAGAAACAUGUUUCACAUCAGUAAAAUGACAUCCUCAACAAUGCAGGAGAAUUGUGAAUAAUUUAAUAGUUGCACAGUUACUCUAACCCUAACCCUAAAUGCAGAAACCAUAUCUAAACUGUAAUUUAUAGAGAGGCACACCUACCGCCCCAUAGCACUAGUUGACGGGCCAUGCGCUGCAGGGUCAUGGAUCCACUAGUCAUGGUGUGUAGUGUAAGUAGAGGUUCCAGGCGGGAGAGGGGAGCGAGGCAGAGUGCAAGCUGGAGAGACAUGGGCAGCUGUUUUAAGAGGCCUCAGAGGGCUGUGUCUCCUCCAGGGUUAAUGGUCUGCUUUACAGUCUGCCCUGCCGAACAGCUGGGAAAACAUGGCGCUCUGUUCUGGUCAUGACUCAAGGUUAGACUCAGUCCCUGCAGAAGCACAGCACAUCAUGCUGCAUGGAGCAAAAUAGGACACUAGUUGUAUUUUGGAGGAGUUGGUUAUAUGAAGUGUUUUUUUGCCCCUUCAGGAACAGAAGUUCUGCCAGCGCUAUGACCAGCUGAUGGAGGCCUGGGAGAAGAAGGUGGAGCGUAUUGAGAACAACCCCCGGCGCCGGGCCAAGGAGAACAAGGUGCGCGAGUACUACGAGAAACAGUUCCCUGAGAUCCGCAAGCAGAGAGAGCUGCAGGAGCGCAUGCAGAGGUGAGUCAAGGCCCGGGGCCUCCUGCUCCUGCAUAUAGUAGAUUGGGAUUCUAGUUUACUGUAUUUGUCAAACAUUAGAUAAUUGAUUCCAAUCGGUUAAAAAGUCUGAUUACGUUGAGUUGUUACUUGGUUACAGUAUGGAGGGAAGUGUUUGUGUAUGAUGUCAGAGAAGGAGGAGCUCAGUUCCUGUACAUGCAGUGUGUUGACAUGUCCUCUAUGUUCCCCUGGUGUGGAGCAGCCGGGUGGGGCAACGUGGAGGAGGACUGGCCUCGUCUGCAGCCCGCAGUGAACACGAGGUCUCUGAGAUCAUCGACGGCAUAUCAGAGCAAGAGGUGAGCUCUUCCAAAUCAAAUCAGGCAUUAUCUAUACAGCACAUUUCAGACAUGGAAUGCAACACAAUGUGCUUCACUGGAAAAAAACAAAUAAAAACAACUGAAAUAUUUACUCCACAACAAACAUAAGAGGAUAAAAAACAAAAGAAUAACAAUAAAAACUGAACGACUAAAAAGCACCCUAAGGAAAAGCGACGCUAAAAAGGUGUGUUUUGAGAUCUCUUUUAAAUAUGUCCACAGUUUCGGCACCCCUCAGGUUCUCUUGCAGGCUAUUCCAGAGGCUGGGGUCAUAGUAACUAUAGGCUGCCUCUUGGUCUUAGGCUUUGGGAUAGUUAAAAGGCCAGUGCCAGAGGACCUGAGGGACCUACUAAGUACAUAACUCAAAAGCAUGUCUGACAGGUAUUGGAGUGCACAAUUGUGGAUUGAUUUAAAAAACAAUAGAAGUAUCUUAAAAUGAAUUCUAAACUCACAGGCAGCUAGUGCAGAGACCUUAAAACCGGUGUAAUGUUUGCUCUCCGUCUGGUCUUGGUCAGUACCCGUGCUGCAGCAUUCUGUAUGUUUUGCAGUUGACCAAUGGCUUUCUUGGGUAGACCAGACAGGAGAGCAUUACAGUAGUCAAGCCUGCUUGUAAUAAAAGCAUGUAUGAGUCUUUCUGUAUCAGCCUGAGAGAGAAACGGCCGCACCUUGGCAAUGUUCCUCAGGUGGUAAUAAGCUGUUUUGGUCACAUUCCUAAUGUGUGAUUUGAAAUUGACUUCAGAAUCUAAAAUAAUACCUAGGUUUUUUUACCUGGUGUUAUCUUUAUUGCCCGUGAAUUAAAAUAUGCGGCCAGAUUCUCUUUCUGUGCUUUGGCUCCAACAAUAAGUACCUCGGUCUUGUCUUGAUUUAGCUGGAGGAAGUUGUGAGCCAUCCAAGUAUUUAAAUCACUAAUACAGUCUAAUAAUUUAUCCGUGGAACUAAAAUCCUCUGGUGACACAGAUGUAAAGUUGUAUAUCGUCUGCGUAGCAGUGAAAAUCAAUGCUGUGCUUUCUGAUAACACUGCCAAGGGGUAACCUAUAUAAACUGAACAGUACCGGACCCAAAAUUGAACCUUGUGGAACGCCACGUGAUAUGCAUUUUCUCUGAGUAUGUUCACCAAGGGUGCAAACUAUCGACCGGUUAAAUAGGUCCUAAACCAAUUUAGAACUGGACCGAAGAGGCCAACCCACCUCUCCAGUCUGUCCAAAAGGACAUCAUGGUCAACAGUGUCAAAUGCCGCACUUAAAGUACAAGGACAGUGAGCUGUUUGGCAUCUGUGUUGGCUCUAAGGUCAUUUACCACUUUAACUAAGGCUGUCUCUGUGCUGUGGUGGGCCCGAAAACCAGAUUGGAAUUGUUCAAAAAUACAGUUUGCACUUAAAAAAUAAUUUUGCUGUUUGAAAACCAAUUCCUCCAGAUUUUUGCUUAAGAAUGGAAGGUUGGAAAUUGGCAGAAAAUUGCUAAAAGCUGAAGAAUCUAGAUUACUUUUCUUCAGAAGGGGUUUCACCAUAGCAGUUUUUAGUGCAGGGCUGAAAGUGCCUGUGAACAGGGAGUGAUUAACAAUAGCUUGCACUUCUUCAGAUAUGCAAUGAAAAACUGUUUUGAAGGUGGUGGGGGAUAGGCUCAAGAAGGCAGGUAGAAGUCUUAUGUUGUGAUAUCACUUUCCUGAGCAUGUCUGUGUCAACCAGGGAAAAUAAAUCCAUACCGCCUUUGCGUGAUAGGCUAGGGCACAUAUCAAAGUUCUCAUCAGGUCUUGCUUGACUGAUACCCAGCCUAAUGUUUGUUAUCUUAUAUCUGAAAUAUGUCGCAAACUCAUCACAUUUAGAUGUGGAGGAAAGUUCACAAAGGUUUGCGGGGGUAGGAUUUAUCAGGCCAUCAAUUGUCGAGAAGAGCACACUCAAAUUAUUCUGAUUAUUAGUGAUCAAGUUGUUGUUAUACAGUGGGGAGAACAAGUAUUUGAUACACUGCCGAUUUUGCAGGUUUUCCUACUUACAAAGCAUGUAGAGGUCUGUAAUUUUUAUCAUAGGUACACUUCAACUGUGAGAGACGGAAUCUAAAACAAAAAUCCAGAAAAUCACAGUGUAUGAUUUUUAAGUAAUUAAUUUGUAUUUUAUUGCAUGACAUAAGUAUUUGAUACAUCAGAAAAGCAGAAUUUAAUAUUUGGUACAGAAACCUUUGUUUGCAAUUACAGAGAUCAUAUGUUUCCUGUAGGUCUUGACCAGGUUUGCACACACUGCAGCAGGGAUUUUGGCCCACUCCUCCAUACAGACCUUCUCCAGAUCCUGGGCAAUACGGACUUUCAGCUCCCUCCAAAGAUUUUCUAUUGGGUUCAGGUCUGGAGACUGGCUAGGCCACUCCAGGACCUUGAGAUGCUUCUUACGGAGCCACUCCUUAGUUGCCCUGGCUAUGUGUUUCGGGUCGUUGUCAUGCUGGAAGACCCAGCCACGACCCAUCUUCAAUGCUCUUACUGAGGGAAGGAGGUUGUUGGCCAAGAUCUCGCGAUACAUGGCCCCAUCCAUCCUCCCCUCAAUACGGUGCAGUCGUCCUGUCCCCUUUGCAGAAAAGCAUCCAAAAAGAAUGAUGUUUCCACCUCCAUGCUUCACGGUUGGGAUGGUGUUCUUGGGGUUGUACUCAUCCUUCUUCUUCCUCCAAACACGGCGAGUGGAGUUUGGACCAAAAAGCUAUAUUUUUGUCUCAUCAGACCACAUGACCUUCUCCCAUUCCUCCUCUGGAUCAUUCAGAUGGUCAUUGGCAAACUUCAGACGGGCCUGGACAUGCGCUGGCUUGAGCAGGGGGACUUUGCAUGCGCUGCAGGAUUUUAAUCCAUGACGGCGUAGUGUGUUACUAAUGGUUUUCUUUGAGACUAUGGUCCCAGCUCUCUUCAGGUCAUUGACCAGGUCCUGCCGUGUAGUUAUGGGCUGAUCCCUCACCUUCCUCAUGAUCAUUGAUGCCCCACGAGGUGAGAUCUUGCAUGGAGCCCCAGACCGAGGAUGAUUGACCGUCAUCUUGAACUUCUUCCAUUUUCUAAUAAUUGCGCCAACAGUUGUUGCCUUCUCACCAAGCUGCUUGCUUAUUGUCCUGUAGCCCAUCCCAGCCUUGUGCAGGUCUACAAUUUUAUCCCUGAUGUCCUUACACAGCUCUCUGGUCUUGGCCAUUGUGGAGAGGUUGGAGUCUGUUUGAUUGAGUGCGUGGACAGGUGUCUUUUAUACAGGUAACGAGUUCAAACAGGUGCAGUUAAUAAAGGUAAUGAGUGGAGAACAGGAGGGCUUCUUAAAGAAAAACUUACAGGUCUGUGAGAGCCGGAAUUCUUACUGGUUGGUAGGUGAUCAAAUACUUAUGUCAUGCAAUAAAAUGCAAAUUAAUUACUUAAAAAUCAUACAAUGUGAUUUUCUGGAUUUUUGUUUUAGAUUCGUCUCUCACAGUUGAAGUGUACCUAUGAUAAAAAUUACAGACCUCUACAUGCUUUGUAAGUAGGAAAACCUGCAAAAUCGGCAGUGUAUCAAAUACUUGUUCUCCCCACUGUAUAUGCCAAGUUGCUCUCUCAGAAUAUCAUAAUGGACCUGCAACUUUGACUUCCUCCACUUCCGCUCUGCCUUAUUGCAAUUUCUCUUCAAUUGAUUAGUUUCGUCACUCAUCCAAGGGGCUCUCCAUUUGGAUGUGGCCUUUUUCAACUUUACUGGAGUUAUGGCAUCAAUGGUUGCCCUUAAUUUGCUAUUAAAGUUAUCAACUAAAUCGUCACAAGGGGAAGGCAGAAUAGGUGAUGGAAUAUUGUUCAUACACUCAAUACAAUCUGUAGCAACUUCAGAGGUAAGAUAGUGUUUCAUAAUAAUGUGUUCAGCAUUACCCUGUGCUAUGGGCAACAAGGUAGUAAAAAAGACACAGUGAUAAUCAGAUGAAUUAACAUCAGCAAUAGAGAUGUCAAUAGAAAGCCCCUUGGUUAUAACCAGGUCCAGAGUAUGGCCACGGUUAUAGUAACAUGUUGGAUAAAGUCCAUAGAGCUCGAAAGAUUCAUUAAUUCAAUGGACUUGGAGUCAGUCUCUUUGCCAGCAUGAAUAUUAAAAUUGCCCAACACAAUGAUUUUAUCAUAGUUCUCAAGGAAAAUAGACAAAAGCUCUUACACUUCUUCACCUCCCUCUCUUCCUCUCCCGCCAUUGUCUCUCUCCUCUGGAUCAGUCAUUCCCCAGAUCUCUCCCUCUUUAGUGCCCUUUCUCUCACUCAUGAAUAUACAGUGUUCUUGUCAUGCCUGUUGCUUGACCCUCUCAAUCACCAAUGUCUGAAUGACAGUUACUGUAGCUGCAUAACACUUAUAACCAGUUCAGGAAGCAUGUGAUGAUGUGUGAUCCAGACAGAUACAGUGCCUUCAGAAAGUAUUCACAACCCUUGACAUUUUCCACAUUUUGUUAUGUUACAGUCCAAAUUUAAAAUGGAUUAAAUUAAGAUUUUGUUACGCUGGCCUACACACAAUACCGCCUAAUUGUCAGUGGAAUUAUGUUUUUAGAAUUUUUUACAAAUUAAUUAAAAAUGAAAACCUAAAAUGUCUUAUCCCUUUGAGCAUGGUGAAGUUAUUAAUUACACUUUGGAUGGUGUAUCAAUACAUCCAGACUAUAAAGAUACAGGCGUCCUUCCUAACUCAGUUGUCGGAGAGGAAGGAAACUGCUCAGGGAUUUCACCAUUAGGCCAAUGGUGACUUUAAAACACUUACAGAGUUUAAUGACUGUGAUGGGAGAAAACUGAGUAUGGAUCAACAACAUUGUAUUUACUCCACAAUACUAACAUAAAUGACAGCGUGAAAAGAAGGAAGCCUGUACAGAAUAAAAAAUAUUCCAAAACAUGCAUCCUGUUUGCAAUAAGACACUAAAGUAAAGCUGUAAAAAAUUUGGCAAAGAAAUUCUUCAUGUCCUGAAUACAAAUCGUUAUGUUUGGGCCAAAUCCAACACAUCACCGAGUAACACUCUUCAUAUUUUCAAGCAUGGUGGUGGCUGCAUCAUGUUAUGGGUAUGCUUGUCAUCGGCAAGAACUAGGGAGUUUUUUAGGAUAAAAAUAAAUGGAAUAGAGCUAAGCACAAGCAAAAUCCUAGAAGAAAACCUGGUUCAGUCUGGUUUCCAACAAACACUGGGAGACAAAUUCACCUUUCAGCAGGACAAUAACCUAAAACACAAGGCCAAAUAUACAAUCCAGAUGGGCAAAGCUCUUAGAGACUUAGCCAGAAAGACUCACAGCUGUAAUCGCUGUGAAAGGUGAUUCUAACAUGUAUUGACUCAGGGAUGUGAAUACUCAUUUGAGAUAUUUCUGUAUUUCAUUUUCAAUCAAUUUGAAUUUCUUUCAAAAAACAUGUUUUCACUUUAUCGUUAUGGGGUAAUGUGUGUAGAUGAGUCAGAAAAAUAUAUAUUUAAUAAAUUUUCAAUUCAGGCUGUAAUAAGUCAAGGAGUAUGAAUACUUUCUAAAUACAGAUAUUUACACAGACAGACAGACAGACAGACAGACAGACAGACAGACAGACAGACAGACAGACAGACAGACAGACAGACAGACAGACAGACAGACAGACAGACAGACAGACAGACAGACAGACAGACAGACAGACAGUAAAGAGACUAGCUCUGCCACUUGCACAACCGAUGAGUUUUAACUCUGCACAGUGGUUAGAGAUGUUAUUUCCUCUCUUCUCUACCCCAGUCACCCUCAUUCCUCCCUCUCUCCCUCCCCUCUGAAAGGCAUGCUGAGGAUAGAAGGGGGAGAGAUGUCAGCCACAGGGUCCCUGCUGUGAGUGUUCCACAGGACAAGCACUGGCUUGCGAAUAACAGGGCUAGUCAUUACACUGAGUACAGUACAGCGGCAGUGUUUCUCUGUAAGGUCAGCCCAGGCCCAAUCCGCUGUGGUGCCUUACAUCUGGAUACGAACUGGCUGCUCACCCUAGGCGUGCAGCGUCGCUCUCUUCCCCUCCUCCUCCCUGACCUCAAACUUCCUCUACAGCUCAUGACCUCUUACACACUUAACACAACACGACUGCUGCGCCUGUCUCACCACCGCUGCCUCUAUUCACUGUGUUUAUCUCUGCCUCCUGUAUUUGGAAAGCUCUGUUAUGGUGUACACUACAGCCUACUCACUCCAAUAAAUGUUGUCUGUUUGUCUGAUUGUGUGUGUGUUUACAUGUGUGUGCGGGUGCGUGUUUGUAUCAGAACACCGAGAAGCAAAUGCGUCAGCUGGCGGUCAUCCCUCCCAUGCUAUUUGACGCGGAGCAGCAGCGUAUCAAGUUCAUCAACAUGAACGGCCUGAUGGAUGACCCCAUGAAGGUGUACAAGGACCGGCAGUUGAUGAACAUGUGGAGCGAGCAGGAGAAGGACACCUUCCGUGAGAAGUAAGUCAUUCACGCAGUUGUAGAAAUAAAUGGCAUAGAAUGGCAGAACUGUGUGCUGUGCAGUAGUAGACAAAGAAUUGUUUUGUGUUUCUGAGAGCAGUGAGAAGUGGCAUGCAUGGUUGUUUGGUCAGACUGAGAUUGGAAUAGAAAUGUCUGUGACCUAUCCAAAGGUCCGGGAGUUGUUGAGGAAGUGAGUCUUCCCCCUUUGUGAGAAAUGAGAGGAUAUAUCAACCAGCCAAACGUUAACCACAGACAGAGAUCAGAGACUGUGAAUGCUGCCCCGGUGCAGAGAGAGAGAGAUGUGAUGCCUGCUGCUGCAGACUGCACGGUGAAGUGUCUUACCCUCUCAGCCUCAACGCUCUCAGCCUCAACCCUCAGUAAGAGAGAGUUGGGAGAGAUGUAAGCAAUGCUCAGUACUGGCUAUUUUAUCCUAUUGGGAUAUAAAGUAAUGUUAGGCAGGAUGCACUGAUAGAAGUAUGGUGAGGGAGCUGUAGGUUAGUGUGGAUAAGAGCAUUCUUUAGAUGAAUAAUAUAGAGUGAAAUAUCUCUGGAGAGAUGGAAGUGUGACUGUGAUGUGUCAUCACUGAUGGGAUGACACAUCAGUCUCCCAUCAGGCAAAGUACACAUGCGUCACUCACUCCACAAUUUACCUGCAUAUCAAAAGACACAGAGUGCCUAUAGAUAAUUCAUUUGAUAGAAAGUGUUGAAUAUUUAUCUCUGUCUGCUUUGUGCUCACAGGUUCAUCCAGCACCCAAAGAACUUUGGCCUGAUUGCUUCUUUCCUGGAGAGAAAGGUACAGUUUGGAAGAUCCUUCCCCCCUCACUCACAUGCACGUGGUAGACCCCAAGUCCUGACACCUGAGUAGUCAAAUCAAAUUUUAUUUGCCACAUGCGCCGAAUACAACAGGUGUAGACAUUACAGUGAAAUGCUUACUUACUAGCCCAUAACCAACAAUGCAGUAAAAAAAAAAAAGCAAAAUAAUUAAAGAGCAGCAGUAAAAUAACAGUAGGGAGGUUAUAUACAAGGGGUACCAGUACAGAGUCAAUGUGCGGGGGCACCGGUUAGUUGUGGUAAUUGAGGUAAUAUGUACAUGUGGGUAGAGUUAAAGUGACUAUGCAUAAAUAAUAAACAGAGUAGCAGCAGCGUAAAAGAGGGCCUUGGGGUUGGGGGGGUAGAAGCUGUUAAGAAGCCUUUUGGACCUAGACUUGGCGCUCCGGUACUGCUUGCCGUGCGGUAGCAGAGAGAACAGUCUAUGACUAGGGUGGCUGGAGUCUUUUAUAAUUUUUAGGGCCUUCCUCUGACACCACCUGGUAUAGAGGUCCUGAAUGGCAGGAAGCUUGGCCCCAGUGAUGUACUGGGCCAUACGCACUACCCUCUGUAGUGCCUUGCGGUCAGAGGCCGAGCAGUUGUCAUACCAGGUGGUGAUGCAACCAGUCAGGAUGCUCUUGAUGGUGCAGCUGUAUAACUUUUUGAGGAUCUGUGGACCCAUGCCAAAUAUUUUCAGUCUCCUGAGGGGGAAUAGGCUUUGUCGUGCCCUCUUCACCACUGUCUUGGUGUGUUUGGACCAUGAUAGUUUGUUGGUGAUGUGGACAUCAAGGAAAUUGAAGCUCUCACCCUGUUCCACUACAGCCCUGUCGAUGAGAAUGGGGGCGUGCUCAGUCCUCUUUUUUUUCCCUGUAGUCCACAAUCAUCUCCUUUGUCUUGUAUUGUCAUCCUGCUUGGGAGAUGAGGUCCGAGUAAUGUUGUGUUUUGUUUCAGACGGUGGCAGAGAGUGUCCUCUUCUACUACCUGACUAAAAAGAACGAGAACUACAAGAACAUUGUGCGCAGGAACUAUCGGCGCCGUGGCAGGAGCCAGGUACUGUACCUAGAACCUUACGGAACCUUACGGAACCUAACUGAACCACUUCAGGCAUUCUCAAGGUGAAGGACGGUUGUCAGUAGGACACUGGGUUGAGUACCACUUACAAUGAGAGGUAAAACACCCAUGGGGCUCUGUGAGCAGUGGGAUCAGUAGAGGAUCGGUCAUCAUGCAAGCAGCACACCAAUCAUGUUGGCACACUGCGCACCUUAGCACACAUGCACUCACUCGUGCAUCCACCCACACACACACACACACACACACACACACACACACACACCAUGCUACACACACACACACACACACACACACUCAUGCUACACACACAUCACAACUGCUGCUACCAGGCUCUUAUUAUACUAAUCAUCAAUUUAUACACUUGCCCCCUAUCCUCCUUUAAAUUGUGCCUUCCUGUAUUAUACAUAUGCUAAAAUUCUAUUCUACUGAGCCAUUUACUUUAUGUUCGUAUUCUUAUCUUUUAUUAUUUGUUAUUGUUGUUGCGUUGUCGAGAAGGAACCUGCAAGCAUUCAGUUGGACGAUUUAUACCCUACGUAUCCCGUACAUACGACUAAUAAAACUUGAACUUGAAUGUGACACCUGCCAUUGUGCCCCCCCCCUCAUGUCAGCACUAAUGGGUCCGUAUCGACGUUUUUUUUUUUUAACAGGUUGUUCCAUUGCUAAUGAUCUCCCAGCUAUUACUUAGGCCCAGAUCGGGUGUUAGGCAGUUAAACUCCAGCGGCGGUGCAGCGUGGUGGGCGCUAAUGAAAUGGUGCAUUAAUUAGCCAAUGACCUUUCCUGUGGGCGUCGGCCGGUUGGCAGUGUCUCUUCCAAAUCUCUCCCAGAGACACCUCCGAUUAUUACCUAGCUAGCUGACGUUCAGCUCAGCGCACAAACACCACAGGCCCGUUAACAGCACUGGGGCUAACGCUAAUAACACAGGGAGAGAAAGGGAGACAGAGGAGCGUAUGAGAGGGGGGAGGUAGAGAAGGAGAGGUACAGAAGGGGGGAGAGAGGGAGUCAACGAGUGAGAGAUUCGUAGAAAGAGUGAGAGGGAAUAGGGAGAGCAGAGUAAUGUCUCAACAGGACCACAACAGCUAACGUUAAUGGGUACAAGAGAGGGGUGAGCACAGAACAAUACGUAGUAAUAUCAACACAAAAGCUAAAGAGCGCCCAGCCUUAAUGAGUCUGUUUUCAUAUGUUGUAAAGCAAAGCAGACCAUAGAUAGCAGGCUUUUAGAUAUCACCUGCCUGAGCCUGACUCAUUUAAGACUCCUGUAAAUGGCUGUGUUUUUGUUGUUCGAUCUGUUUAGGCACAUGACACCAGGCUAAGAGAGAACAAAUGGAGAAAGUGAUAGUCUUUGGAGGUGAUUAGGCUGCUGUUUGUUGUCUCCAGGUUCCGAGUGGGGGAGGGAGAAAGACAAAGCUCUAACCAUGUUUAUCCACUGGUGGAUCACUCAGUGUUGUUAUUGAGUUAUGGCUUCUAUUUGUUGUUUUUUGUGUUGAGUUCAUCUUUGAGAGAGGGGACACACUCAAUCUAGUGACAUGGUUCAAAUGGAGUUAGGCUAUCUCUGUGAGAAUGGUCCAUUUUGAUGUGGCCUUCUCUCUGUCUUUUUGUGUUUCCUUGCCCAGAGCUAGAUGUAAUGACUAUGUUAUUAGAGUAGAGAUGAGAGGGAUUGAAUAGGCUUUACCUCUAGCUAGAAAUCCAUUUACAGUAGAAGUCGGAAGUUUACAUACACCUUAGCCAAAUAUAUUUAAACUCAGUUUUUCACAAUUUCUGACAUUUAAUCCUAGUAAAAAUUCCCUGUUUUAGGUGAGUUAGGAUCACCACUUUAUUUUAAGAAUGUGAAAUGUCAGAAUAAGAGUAGAGAGUGAUUUAUUUCAGCUUUUAUUUCUUUCAUCACAUUCCCAGUGGGUCAGAAGUUUACAUACACUAAAUUAGUAUUUGGUAGCAUUGCCUUUAAAUUGUUUAACUUGGGUCAAACGUUUCAGGUAGCCUUCCACAAGCUUCCCACAAUAAGUGGGGAAUUUUGGCCCAUUCCUCCUGACAGAGCUGGUGUAACUGAGUCAGGUUUGUAGGCCUCCUUGCUCGCACACGCCUUUUCAGUUCUGCCCACACAUUUUCUAUAGGAUUGAGGUCAGGGCUUUGUGAUGGCCACUCCAAUACCUUGACUUUCUUGAAUGCUUGGGGUCAUUGUCCAUUAGGAAGACCCAUUUGCGACCAAGCUUUAACUUCCUGACUGAUGUCUUGAGAUGUUGCUUCAAUAUAUCCACAUAAUUUUCCUUCCUCAUGAUGCCAUCUAUUUUGUGAAGUGCACCAGUCUCUCCUGCAGCAAAGCACCCCCACAGCAUGAUGCUGCCACCCCUGUGCUUCACAGUUGGGAUGGUGUUCUUCGGCUUGCAAGCUAUCCCCUUUUUCCUCCAAACAUAACGAUGGUCAUUAUGGCCAAACAGUUCUAUUUUUGUUUCAUCAGACCAGAGGACAUUUUUCCAAAAAGUAUGAUCUUUGUCCCCAUGUGCAGUUGCAAACCGUAGUCUGGCUUUUCUAUGGCGGUUUUGGAGCAGUGGCUUCUUCCUUGCUGAGCAGCCUUUCAGGUUAUGUCGUAUUGGACUCGUUUUACUGUGGAUAGAGAUACUUUUGUACCUGUUUCCUCCAGCAUCUUCACAAGGUCCUUUGCUGCUGUUCUGGGAUUGAUUUGCACUUUUCGCACCAAAGUACGUUCAUCUCUAGAAGACAGAAUGCGUCUCCUUCCUGAGCGGUAUGACGGCUGCGUGGUCCCAUGGUGUUUAUAGUUGCGUAAUAUUGUUUGUACAGAUGAACGUGGUACCUUCAGUCGUUUGGAAAUUGCUCCCAAAGAUGAACCAGACUUGUGGAGGUCUACAAUGUAUUUUCUGAGGUCUUGGCUGAUUUCUUUUGAUUUUCCCAUGAUGUCAAGCAGAGGCACUGAGUUUGAAGGUAGGCCUUGAAAUACAUCCACAGGCAUACCUCCAAUUGACUCAAAUGAUGUCAAUUAUAAUAUGCCAUUUAGCCUAUCAGAAGCUUCUAAAGCCAUGACAUCAUUUCCUGGAAUUUUCCAAGCUGUUUAAAGGCACAGUCAACUUAGUGUAUGUAAACUUCUGACCCACUGGAAUUGUGAUACAGUGAAUUAUAAGUGAAAUAAUCUGUUUGUAAACGAUUGUUGGAAAAAUUACUUGUCAUGCACAAAGUAGAUGUCCUAACCGACUUGCCAAAACUAUAGUUUGUUAACAAGACAUUUGUGGAGUGGUUGAAAAACAAGCUUUAAUGACUCCAACCUAAUUGUAUGUAAACUUCCGACUUCAACUGUACCUACAGUGCUUUUAGUAAACGACUAUUAACAUACAGCACAACUCCCAUAUACAGAGGGAACUGUGCUUUCCAAUGCAUGAUUAAGUGUAGUUACCACCAGUUAUACCAGUGUUAUUGGCCAGACUUUGGCGGUCUGCAGCAUUUCUUUCAUGAUAUGAACCCUCACCCUGAGCCCAGACAGACAGGAAGUGGAAGAGGAAGUGGUUCUAGGCACCAGAUGAAGGCAUAUGGGCUGUUUGUGUGGUGUACCUACUGGCAUGCAUGGCAGAAUGACCUCAACACAUACUACACGGCUCAUGUAUCUGUUUUUGUGUUUCUAUAUAGGUUCUUAUACAUGUUUUACAUGUGUUUACAUAUCCGUAAGUCACCAGGGAUCAUGUUUGUGACAAACUAAGUGUGUUGCCACCCCAACAGCAUGGCCAGCAGCAGCAGCAGCAGCAACAACCACAGGUGAACCGCAGCAGCCAGGAGGAGAAGGAGAAGGAGAAGGAGGAGAAGGAGAAGGAGAAGGAGAAGGAGAAGGAGAAAGAGAAGGAGAAGGACGGAGAGAGGGAUGAGGAGAAGACUGAGGGGGAAGACAAGGAGGAUGUAAUGAAGUGAGUCUGCUUGCCUUCUCUCGCUCUAAAUCAGGGGUGUCAAACUCAUUUUGCCCAGUGGGCCGCAUUCGGUCUUCAACGCACUGAAAAUGUGUUAUAUUUACUUGCUGUCGAAAUUAGCAGAAAAUAGCUCCCUGACUGUCUAGCUUUCAUUUCGGUGACUAUUAGCGAGCUGGACACAGUCAAGAAACUGUAUAAAUGUAGGUCCAUUAUCAUUUCUACACAGUUUUGAUUUGGUUUUAGUCAUUUUAAAGUAUAUUCAGUUCACCCCCCCCCCCCCCCCCCCCCCCCCCCCCCCCGCACUAAAUCAUGACACCCCUGCACUAAAUCAUGUCCGAAUUGGUCCAGGUCAGUUCAUUGGAAAUGGAGUGGGAGUUAGAUUUGGCUGCCCUGACUAGAUCUGGAAAGGUAAUCAUCAGAUGGAGCUUUUUUCAACCCUGACUAGUUACUCCUCCACCUUCACCCAGAAUUUCCAUCCAGUGAAACAUCUGUAUUUUCCCCCUUUUAAAAAACGGCUGUUUUCCUGUUUUUCUUCUCUAACUCCCAAGAGGCUACUUAAAGUCACAUUUGUAAGAUUCCUUACUUAUUUUCUUUCUUUUUCUGAUGGGGGUAAAAGUGGCAUGGUUAAAACACCAUUACUGUACUGUCUGUUGCUCCAAUAAUCCAGCUAGUCUCCUGAGCUUGGAGUCACUCCUACACAGUGAGAGUGUGUGCUGUGCAGGACACUGCCUUGCCCUGGCAUCUCCAUAGGGACAGUGCCAGUGUGAAGGAGAGGAGGAGGGUGAAAUCAGUCAAUGCUUCUGAACACUGCAAUCUGUGUGAGCAGAGCAGCGGAACAGAUGGAGCACUCACUCACUCACUGCAGUGUGUUGUUGACUCACAUGUUUCACAGGGAAGAACAGUGAAGGAUGGAGUUCUACCAUCAUGUCCAAUCUUCUAGCGUAGCUAAGCCCCCAGCUCUCUGAAUGGAAAUGGGGUUGGAUAGGUUGUUGUUCAGUGCUACUGACUGAUACAACAUUGAACAAGUGUUGCCGUGCCUGCCUGACAGUGUUGUUGAUCAUGAUUAAGCAUCUGCAAUGCUUCCAGUACCUGGGCUGAGGAGAGCAGGGAGGGGAGUCCCUGACUCCCACAACACCCCGGUUGGCACAGCUGGCACUUCUAUAUUUAGUGUGCCAGGCAGCAGGGCAGGUCCCCUCUAGAAGAUGAAUGAUGCCGGACCAGGGGGAAAUGAAUUGAAGAACACUGGCUACAAAAUCCCUGGCCUGUCAUGACACUGAUGGGAUAUAUUGCCUUGCUUGCGAAACUUAAAACGACUCUCUCCUGAGCCUCGAGUCAUUUGUGAGUGAAUGUGUGCGUACAUUUUUUUACCCAUAAACCUCUGCACUUUUUGUCAGGUUUUAAGUUAACAAACUCAACAGUACACGUGCUAUACAGCCCAGGCAGUGAGGAAGAGGAGGGUGCUGGUGGUGUGACUGACUGUGACUGACACGUUCUCCCUGCAGGGACGACACCUCUGGCGAGGACGGGGAGGACAAAGAGCCCACGGUGGCUUUCAAGGGUCGACGCACGGCCAACAGCCAGGGCCGCCGCAAGGGCCGCAUCACCCGCUCCAUGACCAGCGAGGUGGAGGAGACCGCCACACCGCCACUCAGCAGCGAACUCGGUACGUCUCACUCUACUGCUAUCGUCUACACUGCUGCCUGAUGUCUUUAACGGCGUGUUCACGCUCUUUAACACACGCUGCUGUUUUCACCUGCAAAGAGUUUCAUCACUAUGCUGUUAUUAGCUACACACCUCAUAAACCGAAGAGACAGGAUCUCUCUGGGAAAUAUUGAAUGGCUAUAUUUUGGCCAGAUUGGAGGUGUUUGAAUUAAACAUUUGGCCAGGAUACUGCUGAAGCGCAUCUGUUUAGUAGGUCCACCUGAUUUAAUUGAAACUGAGCAUGUGAACACAGAGUGUGGAUGGUUUUAUACCUGCUGGCUCUAGAACAGCCCUCCUAUCGAACAGCCCUCCCAUCAUCCUACAGUCUGUCUGUCUGUCAGUCUGGUCUGCUCUCAUUGCUGUGUGCUUAAUACCCUUGUUAUAUCCCACACCACAAGGGUGCACUGUGGCUCUCUUUCUCAAAACUCUUUUAAACACAUGCACCAAAACACAAUGAUAAUGGUCAUAAGAAUAAUACUUAAUGACAAAAUAUCCAUUAAGUCAGCAAUACUCCUGCCUCAGUUUUUAUUCCCUCUGCAGUUGGCAAGGCUGCCAUUACACACACACACACACACACACACACACACACACACACACACACACACACACACACACACACACACACACACACUGUAGCUGCAGGCGAUCAGAGUUUUGAUGUUUCAGCACUUUAGUUGGUUGUUUCUUCUGCUGUGGGUUAGUCCCAGGGAAUCUCCAGGUAGUCUGAGACAGCCAGAGGGGCUCUGUUCUGAUCAGCAGCUCAGGUCACUCUAAUUUCCUCAGUGUUACUGGGCUUGUUCCCCUUCCCCACCUCGCCUGCUGUUACUGUGCCCUCCACAGCCUUACUGAGAGGACACAACAGCACAGGAACUGCAGCUCUUCUCUGUUCUCCGCGCUUUCUCAUCUUCUACUCUGCCAGGGUAAGGCUGGCCUCUACCUUAGACAGGGAGAACAGCCUCUUAUGUCUAUAAUCAUUAACUGACUUUCUCCUGGGCUUCCUGCUUCCUACCUCUUAAACAAACAACCCCUGUUGACCGGCUCUACCGUGCUGCACCAGCAAGGAGCAAAGGCAACCCUGCCCCCUAGCUUUCUUCUCUCUCUCGCACUCUGCCUCUCCCUCUCUUUCUCAGUCACUAUCUCUCUCUCUCUCUCUCUCUCUCUCUCUCUGUGUGUUGGAUCCUCCCCUCCCCCUCCUGCCCGCCCCGCUCUCUAACGUGGUGCUUCUGCUUUUUUCCUUUCAGCCAAUCUGGAGAUGAAUGAGAGCUCUCGCUGGACUGAAGAGGAGAUGGAAACCGCCAAAAAAGGUAAAAAACUAAACCAAAAAACGAAUUACCUCUGUGUGUGAAAUACAACCCAGCAGCUCCAUUCAUUCAAAAGAAAAUGUUCCUUGUCAAAGACAAAGCCACCCGUAGGCUUGGCUGUGUUUUCUUUCCGAAAGCGGUGACAAAUGCCUGUGACUUCCUGUGAGAUAGGCUAGGCUGCUGCCACGUGCUGCUGGGUCCUGUCUGUCUGCAGCGCUGUGUGGGGCUCCACUCUGCUGCUCCGCUGCCUGACUCAGGGCCGUGUCCUACACUCCUGCCAUGGCCGUUUAUGAAGCCUGCUGUAAAAGUCCCACCCUCUUGUCCCUGGCUAAAACAGAUUCAACUGCAGGAGUUGGUUAACUCUUUAACAUGGCCUGUUUGUCUUUGACUGAAGAUUAAGCUGGCCACGCCUGGGCGGUUUUCCAACUGUGGGUCCUGCAGACCGAAGACGACCGUGGGUUUUGCCUGUCUGUUUGCUGUAGCACAGUUGGCGUUGUGUUGCAUGCACUGCUCACAGCUCAGUCUACAGCCUAGUCAGUGAUGGGGCAGACCUUUCCGUUUCUGCCAGUGACCCCCUUCUGGAGAGGGAUUUCCAUUUGGUGUAUUACACAGGAUUUGUUGAUCUUUCCAAUUUUUCAAAUGUUUGGGAUUUUCUCUGAGUAUUUAAGCCUAUUAGAGACAUUGUAUAUGUCUAGUGGAUAUUUUCACUUUGCUUGUGUUAUGUGUUUUUGAGAUCGUUGCUUGAAAUGCUAUGACCAGCCAAUGCUAGACCACUGUGCUGUACUUGUUAUUAUAAUGGAAAGAUAAGAAGAUAUAAAUGAGUGCUCUUGUCUAUUUCAUGUUUGGGUGUGAAAAUGAUUGUUUGUAACCUCGGGUACCGUUUGCAUAGCUGACAAAAUGUGGUUUCUCUGUGAGCCUUAGUUCUUGUUUUGUGGCCAUGUUUCGAUGAAGGGGCAUAGAUUCUCUUAUGAUUUUCAGUUCUGUUAAUGACUAAUACCGGUCUUCUAAUCUAGCAGAACAGUAGCCUAUCUGUUGUGUAAUCCUGAUUUUAAUCAGAAAGUUCCUGUAUCACCAUGAAUGUGCUAGUGAAGGCAGAAGUCUGUUACAGCAGAUACCCUGUCUGUCUGUCAGUCUUGUACUGGGUGAUAUAUCUCCUGCUGCAGACUCAGUCUCGGGGGGCUGUUGUGAUGACUGGCGCUGGCCCUUGGAACAUGGCCCUGCGUAGUAAUCCUGGUUAAUGUCUUCAACUCCAUUCUCCUGCAGUUGGAUUAGUGGGCUGCUCCAUCCCAGGGGAUUAGUCCUGCAGCCCGGUGGGAGCUGGGCUUCUAUGAGGGCUUAUAUAACCACAACCACAGGGCCCCAAUCUGGGGGGGGUGUAUUGCCUCCCCUCCCUCUGCCCGCCAUUUCUCAUCUGCCAGUAACCAUGAGUGAUACCCAUGCCUGCCAAAAAGGGCUUCCCCCUCCAUGGCUCCUCAUGUAGGCUAGCCCAGUAGCCCACCUGUCCCCAGCCCCGCUCCCCUAACCCUGGCCUGAGUACUCUGCCAGCUCGGCAGUCAAGAUGCACAUACCACUUCCAGGAGCUUGACCUGUAUAUGUUUUAAAAAGGCUUACACCUCCUCAUGCUAAUGUGUUUAUCCCAUCUUGCUAAAAAGAUAAUGGCAUUUAUAGCACCUGUCAGGCGAUCAACAUUUCGCCAUGGCCGCACUCUGAUGGAUUACCACUGUGUUCUCUGGUCAUAAAGCCUGGCAUCUUUAACAAGGGAUAACGUCUUGUGUCUUUCUUCUCUGUAUAUCCCUGUGUGCUUGUGUGUGUGUAGUUAAGGUAGGCUGUGGGGGGAGCAGAGCAGGAGUGCUCAGCGAUAAGAGCUGUGUGUGUGUGCUCCUUGGCUAGCAUUUAUGUAAGUGCUCUAAUCUGGCGGGCUUUGCUUGGGCACAGUGAGUCAGCCAGGCAGCUGGAUAAUCGUCUCCCUCCCUCCCACCACGCCUGCUGUAGUGUACAGUACUGUACAGGUCCAUUUAAAGGAGCAGCAGGUAGAGCUGGCUCUCUGUGUUCUUCUGUGCUGUUGGAGUGGAUCAGGCCACAGGAUUCUCCCCCCUUCCUCUCCUCUCAUUCUCUCACUCCUUUACUCCUUCACUCUCUCUCUCGCUCUCUCUCUCUCGCUCGCUCUCUCUCUCUCGCUCUCUCUCGCUCUCUCGCUCUCUCUCUCGCUCUCUCGCUCUCUCUCUUUCUCUUCCUCUUCUCUCCUCUGGGCUCCCAGUCAGUGUAUGCUGAGAUGGGAAAUGGCAAAGGCCCUGAUUGGCAGUAGCUGUGGAAGAAGCAUCUCUCCCUCUCUCCCCCACUCUUUUUUAUUUUCGCUCUCCCCCACUCUCUUUUUAUUAUUUUUGCUCUCUCCCCGUCUCGGUGUUGUUAUAGACUGGAGAGGGGUCACAUUCAAGAUGAAAAGCAGGUCAGUCAGGAAAAAUGUGAAACCCUUUAUGCUUUCUCAUGGGAUCAUCAACUCCCUCUUUCUCUUCCUUUCCUCCAUUGUCCCUCUAGCUCAAUUCCCCUGUUCUCUUUUGCGCACUCCCUCUCUCUCUUCUCUGUUUACCCUCGGACUAGCUGGGUUAGUGAGAGGGAGAGAGAGAGGACGAGGGCGAGAGAGAGGUUGAGUGAAUGUGUACUAGUGCAUGCGUUUGUGUGUGUGUUUAUGUGGAUGUCUGUGUGUGCAGCGCUGCCUGCUUGCUGAAUGAGUGGGAGGGGGGGUGAGUGAGGGGGUAAACAGGGAGAGAUGGAGGAGAGAUCAGAUGAGGGGGGAGAGAGGCUGAGCACGUAGCACCGCCCCACAGUCCCACUUUCCUCUGAAAGUCCUCCCAGACGGCAGCCAUUGGGGAAAGACACGGCUGAGAGCAACAGACUAGUCCUGACAGAGAGAGCGUGUGGGGGGACAAAGGGCGAUCAAAGAAAAAGCGAGGGAGAGGCAGGGAGCGGAGUAUGUGCUGUUUGGAGUAUGUCAACCUGACACCGGCUCCAGUAUCAGGCCAGCAGGAGGAGGGGUGUGGAGGCUGAGCUGUAGCCUAGCUGUUUUCUUUCUCUGCCUCUCCGGAGUGGAGUCACCGGGAAGCCCAGCCUGGACAGGCUCCAUCCCUGCCUGCCUUCACGGAGAUCAGACGGCCGAUAGCGUGAUACAGACCAGGGACACAAGGGACGGUUGGAGUGACAGGCACGUGAGAAUGGGGACACUCACUCCCCGGCCCAGGCUAGGUGUUGAUUGGGCCGUAGGUGGGAGGAGUUUAAGGAAAUGGAUGGUCAUGAUUGGUUGAGGGAGUUUGCCACCUGCUCUAGUUGAGCAGCAGCUGAUUAUUGGGAUACUGCUUAAUCUUAUGUGUUGCUCCACCGGCCGGGACCGGAGGCUAAUGGAUCUAGAGCUGCUUGGGAUUGUUCCUGUGCUCUGGUUAAACUGAAUGGACUGGAUCUGUGAGAGGGAGUCGUAACAAAGUGACCCUUGACUUUCAGUGAAUGAAUUGCAGUGUUAUUGCUUCAGGUUCACAGGGUAGAGCAAAGUGUCUGCGUGUGUGCGUGUAUGUGAGUAUGUGUGUGUGGUGUGACACGUAGCAGGGUGUCUGGCUGGACUUGUAUGCUCUGGGCUGUCUCCCUCCCCCUCAGGAGAAGGCUGUAAAAGGUUAAUAGAUGUUAAUCACGUGUUCCUCUCUCUCUUGAAAUGAGCCCGGCCGACCGGCUCUGUCCCUUUCUCUCUCUCCUUCUCUCACAUUUCUCCUGCUCUGCCUUUCAUGCCUGUAAUGAAUAUUUCAAAUGAAAUACCCAGUUUAUUUUUUAACACUUGACGGGUUGUACACGCACAAAGGUCCUGAGAGGGAAUAUGACAGCCAAGACUUGGACUGAGGCCAUGUUUGCGUGUAUAUGGGUAAUCUCAUGGUAACAUGCUCACACUUUCUACUUUCUAUUCCAUGAAGUGUUAUUAUUGCUCAUAUUUCCGGAGGGUGUUGUAAUCUGUAUUUGCUACACUUGUGGUUUAGGUGCUAUAUCUAAUCUGUAGUAACCUUUAGUUGGGUAAAUAAAUUAAAGAUGGAUAUGAGAUAGGAGCUGCAGGCUGGGUGUUUUGUAAAGACUUAUCGUGUGGUUGUUUUUAGAUUGUUGUCCCACUGCAUCCAUUUGGAGGUGAUAUCUUGGGACCUAUGAACCUACGUCCCAAGGUUGUCGUCCCAGGAGGUUGUUGGGUCCAUGUUCACUGAUAACGGACCGCAACCUGGCCCAUGAGUCUGUCCUCAUGCCAGAAGCUGUCAGGCUGGCACAGGAAACGAGUGGGCGGUGUAAGCUCCUUACAGCUCCUACGGUUAAUGAGCUGUCCUUAGCUUACUGGAGACUCUGAAACACACACAUUGGGCUUGUUCAACAUUGCAGCUGCCGUUGCAGGUGACUGCCGACUGACUGAUCUACAAAUCACCUUGCAUCAUAAAUAACUACUCAUUGUUAUUUGUAGAUCAGUCAGUCAUAAUUUAUCCACAAUGCAUCACGGAUGCAGUCAACUCGAACACGCUCUUUCUCUCUCUCUCUUUUUCUUGCUCACAGUCUCUCUCUAUCUCUCUCUCUCACACACACACACACACACACACACACACACACACACACACACACACACACACACACACACCAGCAGCAGCAGGAGUGGUGUGUCCCAUGACAGGUUGAUCUAUCCCAGGCAGCUCUGGGCCCAGCAGGGCUUCCAGACUCUUGUGUAAGACGCUAUCAUGUGGUUAACUGGGUAAAGGACCAGUCUUUCCUAGAACUGGGUGACUUCAAAGUUUCACAUAAUGUGACAGAGAAUGACCCCAGCCCAGUGGUGACAAUUAGUGAUGUCAUUAGUUAGAUUGACAGGACAGGUUCAGCUAAGAACAGCACAUGGCACUGAGCCACACUGCUGAGUAUUAGUGUCUGUCUGUUCAUUUUGGAUUGGUAUGAUUAUGCAGUUUGACAAAAUUGAGCUGGAGAGGGAUAAGAUCUCGGACUCGACGGACAGAUGUUUAUUGACAUUCUUCAUGUAAUUAAUUGGAUGUAAAUUAUUAUUCUAUGUAACGAAAGUCUUUGGUUGUCUGCCUGUGCUGUAGUCUAAUCCCCAUCCAUGUUAAUUCCAGGUCUUCUCCAGUAUGGUAGGAAUUGGUCGGCCAUCGCCAAGAUGGUGGGCUCCAAAACUGUGUCACAGUGCAAGAACUUCUACUUCAACUACAAGAAAAGGCAGAAACUGGAUGAGAUUCUGCAGCAGCAUAAAAUGAAAUCGGUAAUGUCUUGUCUUUCAUUCUAGAACACUUAUAUCAAGGAAUGGCAACGUUUUGAAGGCCCUCGGAUCAAUUUCCCCCCAAAAAUACAAUGUAUUUUUAUUUUAUUUUUAGGGAACUGUUAUGAGUUAGAAUAGUAGAAUAUACAAGGUGAAAUUUAGAAAUUGGGUUGGGCAUCAGCAGUUUUUCUCUUGUUAUGUCAGUCACUGAUAGUCAGUCAAUUAGCCCAUGUCAGCUAAAUUGUUUUAGAUUUCUAAAUUAGAUUAGCGGCCAGCUAUCUAAACUUGUUAUCGUCGAAUAUUUGGGAAAGGACUCGUAAAGAAGCAUUUCACGGUUUCAGAAUUGAAAAAUGUAUUUUUUUUAAUCUCCGCUUUCAAGAGGGGGGACACUAAAAUGUUUGGCUCGCAAUGUGGAUGAGACCCGCGAGCAACUGCUGCCCCUCAUGAUGAGUUCCAAUUUAUUCUGGCCCCCACACCAAUCAUAGUCGCCCAUCCCUGAGUUAAAUGAUCAACUUGAAAGAGAACCUAUAGUCUGAGCUAAGUAAAGCACCAAGCAGGCAGUUUCUCUGAGUGCCAGACAGCAGUAGGCACAUUUACCUUGUGGUUAUCAGUGUGUUCUUCCCAGGCUGCGGUAUUUAGUGUGUGUUGGUUUUCACCCAGGAGAGAGAGCGUAAGGCGCGUCGUAAAGGCAAAGCCCUACAAAGUGAAGAGGCCAGCGCCCCGUCUGCUGCCGAGGAAGAGGAGAUGGAGGGCUCCGGGGCCAGCGGCAACGAGGAGGAGGCCCCCGAGGAUGGAGAAGGUAGGAACACACGCACACACACACUACAAUAAUCAACGUCAGAGAGCACAGGGACCCCAUUGUCAGUAUACUAACCGUCUAUAAGCACUGUCAGCAUACGCAAACUCGCAAUCACUCAUUCACAUGGACUGAUCAGAAAACAGCCAUGAACACUUUAUGUUAAGACUAGUUUAUGAAACCAUUUUCAAUCAAUUUGAAGGUAAUUAAGUGCAAUAUGGACUUAUAACAGCAUCACAAGAAUGUCUGUGUAGAACAUGGAAUUGGAUGUGAUUCUGAGAAUAGAAAGACUUCAAUCAUCAAAAUAUGAGGUUCUGACCACGUAUGGGAAUUAGAAGCAUAUAGUUAAGACAUGAAUUAGAUACAUUAUUUAAAUAGUUGUUUGCUCUGUAGAAAACAUUUACAGAAGCGGUCUACCUAGCGAAAUCUGAGUUUUUGUAAAUUAUAGAAUCUUAUUUUGUACCCUGUCUGAUAACUCAUAUUAUUGGUCAACUCAUUUAAAUACCCUGGGUUGAUAAUGGACCGUCAACUCACUUUAGACCAAAUUCACAAUACUGUUUACUGUUAUGGCUCGUCAUUCUCGUAACCAUGGAGAACAGAAUAGACCCCUGGGAAUAAUGUACAGUAGUAGUUUGUUGAUACACCAUCACCUAUAGUCUGUUACCACAAUAGAGCUGGGAAGCCCCAGGGGUUUUCCUCCAUCAUCACAAUUGGUUUUCUGUUCUCCCUCAUUGUACAGUGAAACCUGAUUAGGUGUAAAAGUGGCACUUGAUAAAUCUGGUUUCAGAGAAAGAAGGGGCACCAGAGAGGGGGAGAUGGAGAGAGGGAUCGAAGUGAAAGAGGACAAGAGGAUGUAACAUGAUUUACUGUAGGUUACUACCCAGCCAGGCAGCCCAUAAAAGAUAUGCUGUCUUCCCUUUGUCGCUCUUGCUCUCUCUCGCUUUCUCUUGCUGUCUCUCUGUCUCUCCUUCUCUCUCUCCUGUACCAGGUGGUGCUAACAACAGCUCGGACACAGAGAGCCUGCCCUCUCCGCGCUCUGAGGACAGCAAGGCUAAAGAGGAGGGUGGCGGUAGGGCCAAGGCUGGCUCCAACCCUGAGGACAAGGAGGCCUCAGGCUCCCACAUGGUCCAGGGAGGAGAUGAAAAGCCCCCGGGAGAUGGGGACAAAGCCAUCAAGCAGGAGGUGAAGACUGAGGCAGGGGAGGGUAGCAAGGAGCUGCCCAGUGAAUCCACAGACCGAGACCGGAAGCCCCCCACUGCAGAGGCAGAGGAGGGCAAGAGCUCUUCCAAGAGCUCCAAGAGGGACCACGAGCCCAAGACGGGCUCCCACGCAGACAGUGACUCUAGCGCCACCUGCAGCGCUGACGAGGUGGAGGAGUCAGAGAACACCGAGAAGAACAGGUGGGGGCUCAGGGCUGUGUGGAGGGGUUGCAGGUGGGGGCUUAGGGCUGGGUGGAAGGGUUGCAGGUGGGGUCUCGGGGCUGGGUGGAGGGGUUGCAGGUGGAGGCUUAGGGCUGGUUGGAGGAGUUGCAGGUGGGGGUUAGGGCUGGUUGGAGGAGUUGCAGGUGGGGGCUCAGGGCUGGGUGGAGGAGUUGCAGGUAGGGGCUCGGGGCUGGGUGGAGGGGUUGUAUUGAUCCAGACCAUCCCAAACAUGCUCAAUGGGUGAAAUGUCUAGUGAGUAUGCAGGCCUUGGAAGAGCUGGAACAUUUUCAGCUUUGUUUCAGAACAUUCAAUACUCUGGAAACAGCUCUGGUUGACAUUCCUGCAGUCAGCAUGCCAAUUGCACGCUCCCUCAAAACUUGAGACAUCUGUGGCAUUGUUGUGUGACAAAACUGCACAUUUUAGAGUGGCAUUUUAUUGUCCCCGGCAGAAGGAGCACCUGUGUAAUGAUCAUGCUGUUUAAUCAGCUUCUUGAUAUGCCACAUCUGUCGUGUGGAUGAAUUAUUUUGGCAAAGGACAAAUGCUCACUAACAGGGAUGUAAACACAUUUGUGCACCUCAUUUGAGAGAAGUAAGCUUUUUGUGCAUAUGGAACAUUUCUGGGAUCUUUUAUUUCAGCUCAUGAAACAUGGGACCAACACUUUCCAUGUUGCGUUUAUAUUUUUGUUCAGUGUAUUACCCUUAAAACCACUACUACUAGUUUGAAUGCUGUAGCUCAAUUGACCCGUUAGCAAUCGCCUAUAUUCACAGAUUUCACAUUUCUCUUCACAUUCAAACUUCACAUUUUUACAGUAUAGGCAAUUUACCGUCAUUAUCUAUAUCAGUAAAAUGUCCUCUAAAUGGUCAGUUCGGUCGGUGUUGAUCAUUUUUGGUUUAUUGUCCCAGUUCUAAUAUGUGUGUGUGUGUGUGUGUGUGUGCUUCUGUGUGAGUGUGUGCGUGCCUGCAGACGCAAUGUGUGUGUCAAAGAUGUGGGCUGACGGGAGUGGUGAUUCGUCCUGCAGUGUAUUUGCAGGGUAUUUGUUCAGUUUUUUCCAUGACAGCAGACUGCAUGUAUUGGCAGAGCCUAGGGGAACGUUGCCCUCUAUGCCAAAGCAAACAAUGGGAGGGAGUGCGUGUGUGUGUGUGCGCCCCAGUUUCUCUCAUUGUGUGUGUGUGUGUGUGUGGGGGGGGGGGGGGGGGGGGUGGGGGGGGGGGGGGGGGGGUGUUCGUGUGUGUUCCAGAGUAUCUGUGUGUGUUUCUAUGUGUGUAUCUGCGAGUAGGGGAUGGGUGGUUGGGUAUGUGGGACGGAAACGCAGUCAGAACCUCUGCUCUCUUUGUGUUUUCAUAGUGCGAGGUUCUGCUCAGGGUCAAUCCGUGUUUAUGGGAAAAGUAAAUAAGAGAAACCCGGCUAUGGCCAUAUUAAGGAAUGUGUGGUACAUCCAUUGGCAGACUACUGAAUGGGAAAGUGUGUUCUAGUUACCUCUCUCUCCGUCUCAUUCUUUCUCUCUCACUCUCUCUCUUCCUCACUCUUUCUCCCUCAUUCUUUCUCUCCCUCUUUCCUCCCUCCCUGCUCCUCCCCUUCGCUCUCUCUCUCUUUCCUUCUUCCUCCUCCCCUGCCUUCCCUCCCUCUGUCUCUCUCUCUCUCAAGAUUGACGUCCCCAAGCCGUCCCAGCCUGCUAAACUAUGCUCAUGAUGGAGUCAUCUCCUCCCCCCUGCAGAAGCCCAUGGACCUGAAACAGCUCAAACAGAGGGCUGCAGCCAUCCCCCCUAUUGUGAGUCUUACCAUUUAACCCCUCGUCUCUUUACACAAUGUCACCAGGGCUGCAACCUGCAUCUUAGUCGUCUCCAUCCUUGGAGAGCGGAUGAGAGCCAGCCAGGUAUACGGUCACAUAUAAAUCCUUAGAUAAGUCCAGUCUGGUCAUUCUACCCCCUGUCUGUAGUAUUAAGGCCAUCCCUCCUGUAAUGACAAUAUUGCUGCUUCCACAGAUAACAACAUGGUGGGUAAAAUGAUAAAGACAUAUUUGUAUUAGAUAAGCAGGCCAUCUGGAGCAGAUGGGAUAGAUUGACCCAGAGGAGGAAUAAGAUGCCAGGCAUUAAGGAAAAGAAUAAGAGGAACAGGGUCAUUCAAUGUGUAUCAGUUGCUCACCAUGCAUCUCUCUCUUGUGUGUGCAGAUGCCCCAGAUGCCGGAGGGUGGUCCACGGGGUGGGGGUGGUAAGGCCGUGCUGCCCCCCCAUGCCCUGGCUCUCUACCAGCAGCAGAUCACCAUGGCCCACGGAGAGUCCUCCCAGGAGGCCAAGCAGCAGCAGCAUGCAGGUCAGCCCAGCAAACAGCACCCCUACCCAGCACAGGGAGACAGAGACCCCCACAACAUCAGCAGCCCCCGCAUCCGCCCACGCAGCCCCUCCACCAGCGACAAGGACGGUAUGAACACCAGCCCUCUCUCUCGCUCUCUCCAGCUCCUCUAAUCCUUCUGCUCAGUCUAAACACAUCUCCCUCCUAUUUAAAUUGUAAUUGUGUACUUGGUGCUAUUGUUUAUAAUCUCCAGGUGGCUCUAGAUUAUUAGGCUACAUGUUGACUUGAGGGGACUAUGUCAGUUCUACACUGUUUUGUGUAUUGCUGGUAUUGAUCUUUGGGCUCAGUCAGGUAUCCCCAUGCAGUGGGAUCUGUGUUGGGUUGUCUUGGAUAUCCUUUGAGAGUUGUGAAUUGCUAGACCUAGUCUUAUUUAGAAGAUGUUGACACAAGAUGAACUGAAGAGUUUCCAUCUUGGGGCCCUUUUACAAGCCGAUGUAACCCAGGGACCGGGGCUAUGUAACUACUGGAGGAUCUCCUAUUGUUAUUAACCCUAGAGAAAACACAGCCCAGUGGCAAGGGGGAUGAUGUGCUGUGUGAGUCACAUUACAAUAAACUGAGGAGGUAGCCAUGUGUGUAGGGAUUCGAGUCACAUGGACAUGUGUGAGUGUAUGUAUGAGUGUGAUGAUGUGAGUACCGGGUAUGUGAUCAGCUGCAGUGUGUCUGUGUCCCUGCAGAGCUGGAAGGCAACGAGAGGUGGCUGCAGACUCUACUUCACGGAUUACGUAGGUUCACACCCCGCCCCACCCCACCCUGCUCUAUCCCUAACUCAUACCCCUUCGACCAACACACGCCUAGCUAAAUUCACUUCCUUAGCGGUUUUUGACUGUGUGUGUACACUAAACACUAGCAAUGGGUUUGGCAUUGUGUUUGUUCUCUAAACACAAGGGAUGGCUGUGUGGAGCAGCGUUGAUGUGUGGCUGGCUGCGCUCCUUGCUAUGAUGAUGAGAAGGAGCAUAACAAGCUAGUGCUGGCCAAGGGAUGGCUCUCGGCUUCCAGAAGGUGUUAGCAACUAGCCAAUCCUGGCCCUUACCGAGUGUGUGUUUGUGUGUCCCGUCUUACAGAUAAAUCCCGGGCCUUCUCUCCUCACGGGGACCCCAAGAAGCAGGCGGUGGGGCCAGAGGACCUGAGGGCCACUACCCUGGGCCGGCCUGUCAUGUCCCCCUACCCAAUGUCCCCUCGAGACAUGGCCAAGCUCAGCCACGACCAGCACCUGCUUCACUAUAACUCCUGUGAGUCCCACUACAACCCCUCUCUAACCCCCAGGGCUCCCCUAUCAUACUUUUUGAAUUUAUUGUCUUCAGGGCACCAUUGAAAAUGAAACCCUGGUCUCAAUGGGCUACCCUGAUUUUAAAUAAAAGUAAUAAUAUUGUUAUAAUAUUAAAAUAUUAUUCCCUUGAGUCAAACUCUCAUCCCUGCUAUUUCCCCAUCAUCAGGCCCAUCAUCCCCUGUAGUUCAUGUCAGCUCCCAUUUCACUGUUAUGCCUCCUUGCUUUGUGCUAUCCUUAGCCAACCCUCUCUUACUCUCCUUUCCUAUCCUGCCCUGUCUAGAUGUGUAUCCAUAUAAAAUAAUCUGUCUCUCUGUGAUCUCAGCUUUCCAGCAGGUUGGCCACUCUGGGCCCCCUGGUCUGCAGCAGGAUGGCGCCAGGUUGGCAGCAGUGCGCCCCCUCCACAUGCCAGAGCCACCCCCUCUCAUCUCCUCCAACAAGCCAGGGGGGUCUAUCACACAGGUACAAUACACUAACGUUACUCCAGAGAACCAUGGCACCCAUUAGAAGUUAUUGGGAAAGUGAAUUGAGUGUUGCCAUGCACCAUGCUCACUGUUGUUGUUGUGUGGUUCGCAGGGCACCCCAGUGCAGCUGCAUAGCCCGGCUCAUGGGAUGGACCACGGGAAGAUGCCCCCUGCACAGAUGGGUUUGUCCUGGAUGGAUCAGAGGAAAGUGGGUGAGUCCAAGUGUCUGGAGUGGGUGCAGCAUUCCCAGCCUUGGUUUGCUGGUGAGUUGCCCUCUUCUUGUCCUAACCUUCCAUUCUCAGUGUGGGUGUCCUGGGCGUUCUGCACUGACACUCUCUCUCCUCUCUGCUCUUGUCUCACGCUGUCCCUCUCUGACUCGCACACACCAGGUCCCUACCCUGUAGUGAAGCAGGAGCAGCUGUCCCCGCGGUGCUCGUCCUCCCAGGCAGAGAACCUGUCCACGCAGGGGGCGCCCCACGACACCAACGCUGGACGUGGUGAGUUCACAGCUAGAUACACUACACACCCCUCUGUUGGUACACUGUUCUCUGCUUAUACUGAUUCUCUUCUCUGUUAUUGGUGCAUAAACAGACCUCCAUGACAGUGUAAAGCCCUGACUCUGUUCUCCUGGAUGUGUUGAAUUUGCAGGGUCCAUGCCAGCGGUGCAGGGGGGCAGCAUCACCAAGGGCAUCCCAGGGACCAGAGUGCACCAGGACUCCCCCAUCUCCUACCGAGGAGGCUCCAUCACCCAGGUAAGAGCAACACACUGACCUCAACACUACAAUGUGCUUCUGCUAACUGGGCGUACUUAUUAUUAUGACUUUAUCAGCUUUGACCUAAAAGUCUCACUGGACUGUUUAUUGUACGUCUCCAAAUUAAACAAGGACAACGACACAGGCGUGUUGAGAGGUCAUGAGCCCAGGCUGGAAAGUUAGUCAAGCUCAGGCAGGGUAAAGGCUGGGGCUGGGGCAACCGGCAGGCAGGAUCUCCCUGCUGAUCCUGACUGGUGUGGCAUAACUGUGGCUCUGACUGCUCCCUGUCGCCCUAGCAACAGGUACACACUGUACCACGUCUGUUCCCUACUUGAUUUAUCUGUUUACUCUCUCCACUCACUAAGCCCCGUCACUGAUACGCACAGACCUCAGCCUGAUGUAAUAUCUCCCUCAGCCAACUGGCCUGGAAAUGGGAUGAGAUUAUAUAUGCCCAGAUAGAUAACUGAGGGAAAGGUGAGAGGUCGUACAUAAUCAGAGUGUGUGGGGAUGUCACACGGCUCCUUCUUUGUUUGUCUAGCAGACAGCUAGGCAGAGCGAAAGCCUAUCUGUCAAUGAGGUGUGUGUGUGUGUACAGAUAAGCUUUGUGGCAUCGGGUGCGUAAGUCUCUCGCAUCUCCCUUGAUGACAUUGGAUGCUGAGGGUAGAUUAGGGAGGGUAGAUAAGGGAGAUAGGAAGGGUGUUUGUGUGUGUCAAGGCCACUCGAUCCUGUAAGACGAGCCCCCCUAACCCCCCCCCCUCCCCCCCACACCCCUACACUUAUUGUCUGGCCCCUGACCGUCACUAUUCCCGUCAUUUAGCGGAGCGACUUACAGUUAGUGCAUUCAUUUUAAGGUAGCUUGGAGGGACACCUGGUGUUAGCACUGCAGAGUGUGUGUGGGGGUUAUUGUCUGAGACACACAUUUUAUUCUUAUGUGACUACGCUUCCGCUGGGAUAGUAGUGAGCAAUUCAAUUUGUUUAGUGUGUGGGCUUUGUUGCAACAGCAGUAGGGACAUAGAGCUCUGUGGUGGUUGAAUCAUAACUAACAUUUUCACACAAUUCUCCGAUUGGCACCAGUGCGCGAUGUAUGAUCUUAAUCAUCAGAGCUGUCACAAUAAAAAAGAACAUUCAGGACAAAUAUGCAUCUUACAACAACAAGCAAUUAAAUGGUUAAACUGAUAUCUGCUGUAUCUUGUGGGAUGAUUGACUGUUGUGUCCCUCCCUCCACAGGGCACCCCGGCAGACGUGCUGUACAAGGGGACCAUAACCCGUCUGAUCACGGAGGACAGCCCCAGCAGGGCAGAGAGGGAGCGGGACGAGGCCCUGUCCAAAGGACAUGUGGUCUAUGAGGGCAUCAGCGGACACAUCCUCACCUAUGACCGUCAGUACUCUAUCCUUCUAGAAACACUGCUAUUUCACUUACAUAACAACAGGAACAGAGGCAUCGCUUUUAGUCUUGAAGAGUUAAAGCCACCUCUCAAUGCCCUCUGAUCCUUGGAAUUUCUCUGUGGAAUUUCCUUGUUCCUCUGUUGACUGUUGUUUGUGGCGUGUUCUCCUCAGGCCUACCCUCUCAGAACCCUAAAGAGGACGGCCGGGGCCAGCCUGGGGAGAUCUUGGGGUUGAAGCGCCCCUAUGAUGUCAUGGAGGGAGGGAUCUCCAGAGGGCUGCCCACAAGGGACUCUCUGUCUGCAGCCAACUGUGAGGGUAAGUUGAGGAGUCCACUACCCUCUUAACAGCUCUAGUAUGUACUUUACAUAGACUAGAGUACUACAAUGACGUAACAAAUGCUACUCUUUCUUCACUCCCGUACAUACUUCAGGUCUGAUAGGAAGAGCCAUGCCCCAUGAGAGAGACAGCCCACACCCGACCCACCACAUCCGUGGUUCCAUUUCACAGGGUAAGCAAAUGGACACUCUCUUUUAUUCCAUAUACUGCAUCAGGGUAUGGUCACCUCGCCUAGUUGUACAAUCGCUCAAGAGAAGUUCAGUGUCAAUAAAGUUCCAGUGUGACUUCAAAUUUUAACUCCUGUGUGUUUGUGUUCUACCCCUCCUCCUCUCCCCCCCAGGUAUCCCCCGUCACCUGGACCCCCAGGAUGGCUACAUGAGGCGGGAGGCCAAGCAGAUGAAGAGAGAGGGCUCCCCGCCCCGAGGGCCUGGCCAGAUGGCUGACCCCAUGAAGGGCCGAGAGGUGCCCACCGUGAAGGAGGGGGGCCGAUCCAUCCACCUCAUCCCCAGAGAGGAGCUCCGACAGAUGCCCGAAGGCAUGAUGAUGGCCAAGGCUGGCAAAGAGGGCAUCAUAGCACAGGUGAGUGGAAUGCCACACUGUAGAUGCGCUGUGUGUCAGUGCACAUUCCCUCAGAGAAAUAAAAGCAAGAAAAGUCACUGUUGGUAGAGAUAUUCAGUGUUUCCUUUUUUCAGGGCACUCCUAUGAAGCAGGAGCAGGGUGGCUCAAGGAAGGGGCAUGACGUUCGCUCCAUCAUCGCCAGCUCCCCGCGCUCCCACUAUGGCAUGCCCCCUCACCUGGAGAUGCGGGGGCCUGAGCAGCGGGUCCGCUACGACGAAGGUCCAAAGGGCCGUCCCAGCGCUGUGGUCAGCACGGCCAGCUCCAUGGCCCGCUCCUCGCCCCUGGCCAUGGGGGGUGAACAGGGUGGCAAGGCCCACCACAGCCCUGUGGGCUACGAGGAACACAAGGGCGGCAUGAGGGCUCCCUACCCUGGGCCUUCUCACAGAGGAUCCCCACUGUCCAGAGAGUCAGGCCAGCGGCAGCAUGAAGGUAUGUCACAUACUGACACCUGAAUGUACACUGUCAUAGAACCUGUCUGAUUGUGAUGCAUUGAUUGUUUUUCGCCCUGGGUUGAAAUGAUCUCCCCUAGUGUGAAAAUACCUAAUGUGAAGCCCACAGUGUGUGUGUUCUAAAGCAUCCUUCUCUCUCCCAUCUCUCCUCUCUGUGUGGUCCAGGCUCCAAUAAGAACCAGCCUCAGGAGCGGAAGUCCACACCCACCCCUAGGGAGAUGAGCUCCGGCAAGUCACCCCUGCCGUGCGUUGCCGAGCAGCAGGCCCAACAACAGGCCCAACAACAGGCGUCCCUGGCGUCGUACGAGCGUCUGCUGCAGGGUCUAGGGGCCGACGUGUACCGAGGUCAGAUCCCCCUGGCCUUUGACCCUGCUGCCCUGCGUCAGGGGAUCCCCAUCGACCCAGGUACAUAGUAGACGACUGGACCAUUCUCGUGUCCACUGUACAGUUCAAUACAUAGGAGCUCCUUCAAUAACUCUUUCUGUCUGUUGGAAGGGUGUGGUUGUUGGAAGGGUGUGGUUGGGGGAAGGGUGUGGUUGUUGGAAGGGUGUGAUUGGGGGAAGGGUGUGGUUGGGGGAAGGGUGUGGUUGGGGGAAGGGUGUGGUUGGGGGAAGGGUUGUGGUUGGGGGAAGGAUGUGGUUAGGGGAAGGGUGUAUGUGACUAUAUGAUGGCUUUAUAUGAUCUCUUUGUCUUCCUCCCCAUUUAGCGGCCUACUACCUGCCUCGCCACCUGGCCCCUAACCCUGGCUACCCUCACCCCUACCCCUACCUGAUCCGGGGCUUCCCCGACACGGCGGCCCUUGAGAACCGCCAGACGCUGCUCAACGACUACAUCACCUCCCAGCAGAUGCACCAGUGGCCUGCAGCCGCCGCCAUGGCUGCCCAGCGCUCAGACCUGCUGAGGGGGCUCUCGCCACGGGACCAGCCCCUCCAACUGCCCUACUCUGCUGCCCCACGUGGUGAGCCUCACUCUGGUCAUAGUGCAAACACACACACACACACACACACACACACACACACACAAACACACACAAAAAGUAGCCUAGCUGGACCAGCUGUAGCGCAGUCUGUAGUUUUGACUAGUGUUUUUGUUCCUUCUUGUCCCCAGGGAUCAUCGAUCUGUCUCAGGUGCCACACUUACCUGUCCUGGUCCCUCCCUCUGCAGGGUCUUCCGGCUCCCCAAUGGACCGCAUCACCUACAUCCCUGGGGGCCAAGGAGCCUUCACCAGCCAGCCCUACACCACCUCUCCCAUCUCACCAGGUACUGGACUGGACUCUACACACCAGCCAGCGUUCUGUGUUUAUGGGUUGCUGUGUGACGGACUCAUCUGUGUUUUGUUUGUCUCUCUCCUAUGCUGUGUAGUUGGGCCCCAACACAUGAGCAAGCAGCACGGCACGCUGUCGUCUGCUGACCGCGAGCGAGAAAGAGACCGGGAGAGAGACCGCGAGAGGGACAGGGAACAGGAGAGAGAGAGGGAUCGCGAGAGACAGCGGGAUAGAGAGAGAGAGCGGGAGAGAGAGCGGGACAGGGACAGAGAGAAGGGUAUCUCUCACGGCAACGUGGAACAUGCCCCCAUCUGGAGACCAGGUGUGUACAGAUAUAGACACACUCACUGCCUGUCUGUUUUUCUGCUAUUACGUUAUUAAGCUAUUAUGUUAGAUAGUAGAGCAUUUACUGCACAUUGUCUGUGUUGGAUGUCUAUGCUGUUGUUCUAUGAGAUGAAAGAUGAUAUGAGCUAUGUGCAGUGUGUAAUGUAUUAUAUCUGUUUCCUCCCUCAGGCACAGAGCACAGCUCAGGCGGUAGUGUCAGGCCCUCCUCCCACUCCGGCUAUGGCCACCAGCACUCCCCGGUGUCCCCUCGCACCCAGGACAGUGUCCAGCAGAGGCCCAGUGUCCUGCACAACACUGGGGGCAAGAGUCUGCCUGUCAGCGACCACAACAACCCCUCUGUGCUAAGGUAACCUGCACAGUGACAUGCAUGGUUGGAUAAAUGGCUAAGUAUCUCCGACUGCAUGUGCCUUGGUUCACUUCUUCUUCUGUGGUUCUUCUAAAUAUGAUGUGCAGACUGUAGUGAGGGUUCAUCUGUGGUUGGCUUGUUUACUGACUGUUUUAGUGAUUUUGUUUUCCUCUCACAGGUCCAUGCCAGGCUCAAAUCGCUACUCAGGCUACGGCCACCUCCAGAGGACCGGGGUGCCACCUGAGGGCUACCCACCAAGCAUGGACUCCAAGGAAAUGUCCCGGGAUGGGGGCAAGAGUAGGGGAGGCCUUCCCAAACACACCCAAGACCAACAUGGGCCGUCUAUAUCCUCCAGCAAAUCUGACCCCAAGCUGGCCAGCCCUAACCAAGGGGGUUACCCCGGCCCCUACCCCCAGGCCUCUGCAGCCUCUCACCACUCAGGGCGACCCCCUCACCUGCUGCCCCCCCAGUCAGAUAACCCUGCUGGCCGCGGAGAAAGUGGCACGCCUAGUAGGGAAAAGACUCAAAACAAACCGAUGUCCGUUCAGGAACAAGAGCUCCGAGCACUCGGUAAGACCACCAUGACUGCGGCCAACUUCAUAAACGCGAUUAUCAUGCGUCAAAUUUCUUGUGAAACGGGAAUGCCAGAGACGGGCUCGCUCGUGGCCAACAGCGCCUGUGAUGGUAAGACGCUCUGGAUCCCAGGGUCCCCUCAUCACCCAGACCCUCACCCCGUCCGUCUGUGGCCUAUUGCACGCUGUGGUGGUUGGGCAUUAUCAAAUCAGUCCAAAUUAUUUUGACAUUAUGUUUUUUUUGUUUUUACGCUAUACUAUUUUUGCAUUUUUUUUUGUGUAAUGUAGAGAACUAUAUAUAUAUAUAUAUAUAUAUAUAAAAUAUCCAAACGUGACCAUCUAAUUAUUAUUUAACACGUUUUGACAUUGAGAAGAAGUCGAAACUGGAGCUGACUUGGACCGAAUAUUAAAUCAAAUUACCCAGCUCAUUUUUAUUAUUAAAUGACUAUGUAUUUUUAUUAUAUGACUAUGUAUUGACCAUUAUUAUGGUACAAAUACACAACCCAAUUGGUAUUUCCUGGAAGAGAAAGAUCCUAGGUGCCCUUUUAAGGUAUCAUUCAUAGAUGGCUCAGUGGUUGGAAAAUUUAAGCGUAACAUUCAUUGCUGCUUAUUUUAAUUUCCUUUUUAUUGAGGAUGUGGCUGUCUUUACCAUGUGUCACCCCUCCCCCCUCAUAUUGCAGACUUAGUUCACCGGUAGUAUUCGAGAGUUCCAUAUUAGAAACUAAAUCAAGUAGCGUCGUUAUAAAUCUAUCGAUGUAAUGUUGGUAGAAUGCUUAUGAGGAUUAUAGUAAUUCGGUAAGUAUUUGAUUAAUAGUUAGUAAUGACACCUUCCUUACAGAUACUCACCUCCCAAAACCUAAAAUGUGCAAGAAAUAAGGCAAGAUAUUGCUAGCUAAAUUACCUAAAUGAUAAAAGAGAAAGCUUAGGUUGUGUGUGUGACAGUCGGUCUCUAUCAAUAUAAACCAGUGUGUCAUGUAGUAGGAAACGGCCAGGCGAACCUGCCAGGGUGCAUCACGAGCCUAAAGCCACACCAGCCACCAUACACACAAACAACCUCCCUGGGAAUCCAGACAGGUGGAGGUGGGGGGCAGGGAGAGGGCGUAACGGGUGGUGGAGAGACCCAUAAAAAGAUCCAGGGGGAGGCGGGUGCUGUAGCUUCUGGCCCCCAAAUCUCUGCAUGUCCUUAUUACGCCUCACUGUAAUUUAUGCUGAUUUUUCCACAUGCAAACCGUCUCAAUGCAUACCUCUCAACAAAACCUCUGAGACUUUUCCAUCAUUAGAAAUGUGCUAUUGUUUUCUUGUUUUUCCACUUGUAAAGCUAUGUGCCUCAUCAAUAUUUAUGACAUGCCUAUAGGGCAAGUGUGUGCAUGCCAAGUGUGGUAUAACAUACUGUGAGAGAGAUGUGUGUGUGUGUAUAUAUACAGUACCAGUCAAAAGUUUGGACACACAUACUCAUUCAAGGGUUUUUCUUUAUUUUUACUAUUUUCUACAUUGUAGAAUAAUAGUGAAGACAUCAAAACUAUGAAAUAUCAUGUAGUAACCAAAAAAGUGUUAAACAAAUCAAAGGAUAUUUUAUAUUUGAGAUUCUUCAAAUAGCCACCCUUUGCCUUGAUGACAGCUUUGCACACUCUAGGCAUUCUCUCAACCAGCUUCACCUGGAAUGAUUUUCCAACAGUCUUGAAGGAGUUCCCACAUAUGCUGAGCACUUUUUGGCUGCUUUUUCUUCACUCUGCGGUCCGACUCAUCCCAAACCAUCUCAAUUGGGUUGAGGUCGAGGGAUUGUGGAGGCCAGGUCAUCUGAUGCAGCAUUCCAUCACUUUUAAGAAGGCACACCUGUAAUUUAAAUGCAUUCCAGGUGACUACCUCAUGAAGCUGGUUGAGAGAAUGCCAAGAGUGUGCAAAGCUGUCAUCAAGGCAAAGGGUGGCUAUUUUGGUUACUACAUGAUUCCAUGUGUUAUUUCAUAGUUUUGAUGUUUUCACUAUUAUUCUACAAUGUAAAAAAUAGUACAAAUAAGGAAAAACCCUUGAAUGAGUAAGUGUGUCCAAACUUUUGACUGAUAGUGUAUAUACACACACACACACACACACACACACAUACACACACACAUACAUGAUAUAUAUAUAUAUAUAAUUUUAUGUCACCGCAAAGCUUGUCAGUGAUUUGUGCAUCUCUCCUUUGAGGAGAGUGCAGUAUAUAAAUAAGUCCGUAGUGUUCUGAAGUAGCUUGUCACAUCCAACACACUACACUGGCUGACAACACUUUGUAGAGACAGAGGAUUUCUGUAGCAGGAAACAACCGUUGAGCUCUUAUGCAUAGCAGAUGUCACUUAUGCAAUGUUUAUCGAGCACACCGUCUGCUGUGCACAUAAUGGACAAAAAAAAAAAAAAAAAAUGUUUGUUUAUUCUAUAAUUUUACAACAAGCUCUCGUCAGUUUUUCAACUUUAGAAACAGAGAAUACUAGUACACUGUAGUUCUAGACUGCCUGUAAGCUGCCUCGAUUCAAACUGACCCAAGCAACUGAAUUUUCGCCUUCUUUGUCCCCUCCUCUGUGUGUACAUGGUGGUGCUGCAUAAUGUGUGUGUGUGCUUUUGUGGGCACCACCGUGUGUGUGUGUGUGUGUGUGUGUGUUGGGCUGUUUCCUGACCCCUCAGUUCAACAGAAGAUGAUGCCCAUGGAGCAGCACGUUCUGUACCGGCCUCCCUCUGAGGAGAGGCUGUCCCCGGGCCAGCAGCCCCAGUCCCCCCUGGUCAAAGGCAGCCAGAGGGUGGUCACCCUGGCCCAGCACAUCAGUGUAAGCCCCCACACAACUACAGGAAUAUAUUUGACUAUAUUAUAUCAGUGUUGCAUUUACCAUCUUAAAGAUGAUUUCACGUACAGUUCUUCUCAAAGUCUGUAGGAAUGAGAAGCAGAUAACAUGUGUCUGUGAUGUGUGUGGGGAACAGGAGGUGAUCACCAAGGACUACACCCGGCAGAGCCAGCAGGCCCAGCAGCAGGUCCCUAUGCAGCAGUCCUACCACAACAACUCUGUCCUGGACCUGACCCGGCCCCCCAGCGCCCCCCAGGCCCCACCUGCCUCCCAGGAGCCCAGCCAGGGGCCUCGCUACACUCCAGAGGGAGCCGGAGGGGAUCGUCCCCGAGACAGGUAAGGCCCAGAUUUUCUACUGUAUACAGUACAACUCUGUAUCUUCCUAUGGGUGUCGCAUUCUAUGUACUACGUUUCAUCCCAUGUGGAAAUGCAGAUACCGAAUAUUACUGACAUGAAUUGAUAUUGAAUAUUGUUUAGAUGACAGUGGCUCAUUAGUGUGUGUGUGUGUUCCCAGGUCCCCUCCUCAGCCCAAGGUGUCACCUGUCAAUAUGUCUACAGACGGCAUUGAGCCCGUGUCCCCUGCAGGAGCCAUGUCUGAACCAGAGACACAAGGGGCCUCCUACCCCAACGAGCAGGGGUAAGGUCUCACCCUACCUCCCAUCCUUCCUCACACAGCUAGAAAUCAUUGUUACCACAUUCUCUGGACUACUCUUGGUAAAAAAGGGAGGGUAAUAGCCGUAGUGUAUGAAGCAGUAGGACAGUAGUUGUCCGGACGCUAACUAGAUGUGGUCGUCUCCCCACAGCAUGGGCUCUCGCUCCCCUCCCAGCACCUCCCAGCCCCCAGCCUUCUUCAGCAAGCUCACUGAGAGCACCUCGGCCAUCGUCAAGUCCAAGAAACAGGAGAUGAUCAAGAAGAUGACCGUGGUCGGCAGUGACGCCGACUUCAGUGAGUCCCACCACAACAGUGACCACAUACAGCAAUGGUACUGUAGAUACUGUAGUCAUUGACAAAGAGACUAUGCUCUAAAAAUACUCUGUUUCCACAUCCAGAUCCUGGUCAGCCAGGAACAGAGAUUUUCAACAUGCCUGCCUCUACCACUGCAGGUAAGAUACAGGAUUUCAAGGAAUUGUCGUGGGAUAUUAGUGGUUUGAGGGGGAUUAUUGUUACUCUCAACCAAAAUGUUGUUGUAUAACGUGCUUAGAGUAGUAAUUUUUCUGCUUGGUAGACUGUUAGCUAGAUAUGCUGUAAUGUGACUCUGUUGUGGUAUAGAUCAGUAUUGUACAGUAGAGAGGUUCUCCUCCAGUUUGUAUACAUACGACCACGUUCCCCUGAUGAGCCCCUAGCUGACACAACUAGGCUUUUGGCUGCGGCUACAGAGCAUGUGCAUCAGCUAGGCUACUCACAGGAGACUGGAGAGAGCAGUAGCUACAUCCUGGAUGUUAUUUAGAGUACAUCACCCCCACCUCGCCCUCCUGUGGCUAUCCUCUGGAGACUCCUAACCUACAUAAUGCCCACUGACAGACUGAAACCUGCGUCAGCGCAAACCAACAUGUCUCUCUCUGAGGAUGUGCUGACUGGUUUAUUCUUCCCCUCUCUGCUGUUCCACUCUCUUUCUCUCGUCCCCACCUUCCUUUUCUCUCCCUCACUCCUCAUUCUCAUGUUGGCCCUUUUCCAUUUAUCUUCUAUUUUACAAUUUCCUCUAUUUAUCUAUGUUUCUCUGUCGCGCUCUCUCCCACUACUCACUCAAUGCCCUCUAACUUCCCCUUGCCACCUCUUGCCUCUCAGGACCUGUGAGUAUACGCAGCCACCCGGCUCCUGAGGUGUCCGGUAACACCAUAGGCCUGGAGGCCAUUAUCAGAAAGGCCCUGAUGGGCAAGUAUGAUGACCAGGCCGAGGAGCGCCCUCCCUCCUCCAAUGCUAUUAACCCCAUGGUUGCCAGUGUGCCUGCCGCUAUGCUCCCCGCUGAUGGACGGACGGAGGACUCUUACUCACUGCAAGGUGUGAUAUUACCUCAUAAAUCUCCCUCUGUCAUAAGCCUCCACUCCGAGUCACAGGGCAGGGCUGUUGUUUGGAUUGUAUGUACUGGUGUUCAGAAGGCUCAGUAUUUCCAUUUAUGAAACAGUAAUGUGUAACAAAUCAAGUCAAUUAUUAAUUCAUUAAGCUUUGCUAGACUGGUUUCUCUCAAUUGAUGUAUGGUAGAUAAAUGUGAAUAGAACUGGCCACUAAACCACAGGGCUGUGCUGUGUUCCCUCUCUCUGCUUGCAGGUGGGGGGAAGCCAAAGGGCAGCGGGCGUUCUAACGGGCGGAAGGCCAAAUCCCCCGGGCCGGGCCUGUCAGUGGGGGAGAGGCCCUCCUCUGUGUCCUCUGUCCACUCUGAGGGGGAUACCAACCGCCGCACGCCCGUCACCAACCGUGUCUGGGAGGACCCGCCCUCCUCCACAGGUACUGCUGCCUCUCCCCCCCCCCCUCACUGCACCUCUCACCUCUAUCAUCAUCUCAUCUCUCACUGCUCAUAUUCAACUGUAUCAAAGACAAGAAACCCAUCACCUUUAAACCCUGUGAACUGCAUUCUGCUGCCUAUGGCGUCAUGGUGGGUACUCAAGGAUUUAUUGUUGCUCUUCUUCCUCCUGCAGGCCCCACAACCUUCCCAUGUAACCCCCUGACCAUGCGUUUCCCCAGUGGCAUGCCGGUGUCGAACUCCUCCCCCACCCCCUCAGGCCAGUUAGGGGCUCAGGGGCAGGGACGGUCCUGGGAGGAGGAGCCUAAGCCCCUGCUGUGUUCUCAGUAUGAGACCCUGUCUGACAGUGAG